CCGACCACCAUUGCUCUUUCACGCUCUUUGCUCUUUCGCCUCCGACGGCAAAUAUUAGACAUCUGUGGAAGAAUUCGGCGGCAGCACCGUUAGUUAUAGAGCUGAAGAAUAACGUAUUACUUUGUGCAUUGGUUUCAAUUUAUUGUAGCAUAGUAUAAGAGAUGCCGAAAGAGCUUCCUGGAUUUUACUAUGAUGCGGAGAAGAACAGAUAUUUCCCUAUUAAGGGUCCAAUUCCUGGCUCUUCUAAGAAACGAAAAUCGCCACCGCCUAUUCUAUCCAAUAAGGAGAAAGACAAAGGGAAAUUCAUGAAAUCGAGGAGCAAUAGGUUACUCCAUGUCAGGGAGUUGUGCGGUAAAGUCAUUGUAUCCGGAAAAGGGAAAUUAAAUUUUCAAAUGGAAUUCCUGAAGAAACAAGCAUCAUGCCCUCUGAUUUCGAAGUAUGAUGGGACUCAAAGAGUAGUUGACAGUGCUUUGGAGAACUUGACUGUUGAUAUAAACGUGCCAGAGGGCCUGUCUGAAACUGAUAUUCUGUUGACAGGUGGCAUGAAUGGUUCAUUGUGUAUAUUUGAAGUUGGAAAGGUUGAAAAAGAAUUAAAUCAAGGGGUAAAAUGCUUGCCAGAUCGUGUUUGGCCUCUCAAAGUCGGAUACCGAGAAGGGUACUGUGACUCACCAGGCCAAGUCUGGAGACCCCCAGGAGCUUUUGUACAUAUGCCAUCGAAUAUAUCUUGUAUAAAGACGUCUCAAAAGCAUCCUGCAUUCGUCCGUGAAACUUCUUUAAAGCAUGUUCUUAUAACUACUCUGGGAGCUGAAUCAUCUGGUGGAACAGUCUACAUUCUGAACCUUAGUGAACCACUAGAUUUUAGUUCAAGCAUACCAACUUUUAGAAGAAGAAUUUCUGAGAUUACUUCAUUUGAGCAUACAGUUUGGACAGCAGAUUGUAGUCAGGAUCAGAAACGAGCAGUAGUAGGAACCAAUAGAGGAGCUGCAAUGUUGGACAUAGAAACAGGAGUGAAAUCCUGGGUUUGUCGGUCUAAAAGCGACAUUUUCUCCAUACAAUUUGAUAAUUCGGAAAAUGUUGUUUUAUGUGGGCUAAGAAAUGGAACAGUUUUGGCCAUCGACAUCCGUCAAAAACCAGGAGAUUUUUCUGGUAGACUUCCUCAAAAUAGAAUUCCGUGCCAUCCUGAUGGGCAUUCUAGUAGGGUUAAAAGCUCUGCUAGAGAUUCCUUCCAGAUCAAAAGGAAGAUGUACGACACAAUAUCUAUGCCUUCAUCUGUCUGUUGUUUGGCAUCUUUGAAACUUUAUGAUCAAUGUUUCCUGGCAAGCUCUAUGGAUGGAUCGAUAAAGCUUUAUGAUCAUCGUCUAAUGAGGGGAGCAAUUCAAUCUUAUGAGGGAAAUCAAAAUUCUCAUAGUCGAAUACAGCUUGGAGUUGACCCAUCAGAGACAAUUGUCAUGUCAGGUGGAGAGGACUAUCAUUUGCGGCUAUGGAGUAUCAAAUCUGGUGAAUUGCUAUUCGAAGAUAAAUUCAUGGAUACGAUCCCCUCGGUCGUAUGCUGGACAAAAACUGAAGGCCUACUGGGAGUGGGGAAACAUAUUCAAGGUGCAUGGCUUGGAUCUGAAGAAGGGUUGUUUUUCAUGGACUGGCCUUGAGGCAUGUGCUUUGGGUGGUUUCUUACUUGGAAUAUUUAGAACUUUGCACAUGACUAUCAGCUGGUUUUGAAUGAUACACAACGUACACCUGGAGAUGAAUGGAAACUGACUGACAGUAUAUGGAAGCUCGUCGACACUAAUGAAAUCGACUUUAGCUGAAAUUAGGAGCUGAGACUGAAAAUUUGGCUUGCCUCAAGAAGUUUCUUCCUUCCCAUAUUAUGCAACUUACAGAAGAGUAGACGUCUGGCACUGGAACAAUCCAGGAUUGUAGGUUGUAACUGAAACAGAGUUUUACGGAUUUGUUUAUUAGAUUAAUAUUUUUUUAGUCCCUUUGGCUAAUCAUGUAUCUUCUGGAAAUUUUAUGCCCUGAAGCAGCUGUAACUAUUGUUGGCUUAUCAAGCAUUAGCAGUUUAGCGUUCACUUUAGGUUGGAAGAUUAUAUUUGAGAAAAAAAAGAAGGAUGAAGGAAUAGUCAA